AUGUCCCGCCCCCACUCCCCAAAACCGGCGCCGACAGAGACCACCUCUCUUCUCCCUCCAUCUCCAGACGCCGACUCUCGCAGGAAGCCAUGGUUUCCACCAGUCCCUCGAGUCCUCUUUACCUCCUUCCUCCUGGCCAUGACAUUCGCAGUCACCCAGACAUCACUUAUCUAUGCCUUUAGGGUCAUGACUUGCGAUGAGUACUACAAGACGCACGAGUGGGACGGAAGAGAGGGAGAUCGAUGCUCGGUGCCCAAGAUUGAGGCGGAUAGUGCAUCACAGAUUGCAUUGAUGAGUGUGAUAACAACAUCGUGUACUAUCGGCAACUUGUUCUUCACAAGCUGGUUCAUGAAGAGAUACGGCUGCAAAGCCGCCAUGUUCCAGCAGACUUUCUGGGCCGCCCUGCGGAACCUCACCCAGAUCUACGCUCUCAGUAUCGGUGGCGGUACUGGCAUGAAGAUCAUCCAGACGACCCAGCUCUUCAACAUCAUCGGUUCCGCCGGCGGGUAUCAGAUCGCAAGCAACAUGUUUAUCGCGACGCUCGUAUCGGUGGAAGAGAGAACGGCGAUGUUUGGGGUCUUGUCUGGCAUCAUUUUCAUGGGGUCUUCGAUGGGUUAUUCUGUCGGCGGUCUUCUGUUCAACUGGUUCGGACUGCUCAGCCCAUUUCAAGCCGCUUUCGGCCUCCUCUGCUUCUCCACCAUUUUCGGCUCCCUUUUCCUCCCUUACAUCCCCCCGGAAGACUCGGCCCAUAGCGCCGCUCCCGAAAAGAAAAGCAAAUCGUUCCUCUCCCCGCUCAAGAUAUUCAUCCCCGCCGAAAAGGAAAUCGCCGGCAAGUCGAAGAGGGACUACAACCUACUAUUAUUGGGCUGUGGAGCUUUCUUCAGUGUGCUGGCCACAGGGUAUGUGCAUAUGGCGUUGCAGCUUGUGGGAACGGACGUCUUUGGGUUCCAGCCCGGAGAAAGCGGUGUUAUGCUCUCUCUCAAUCUCAUGGUCAAGGCCUUCUUCCUCUCCAUCUGCUUCCCUCGUAUCAUCACCCAAGGCCGCCGCUGGCUCUCCCAUCGCCCAUCACUACCUCCCUCCCCCCAAGCCUACGACCACCCCGAGAGUGCUUCCCAAGCCGAAGAGCCCGACUCCACCGGCUUCCCCCAGCAAGACCCCGCUCCAGCUCCUACCGACCACAAACACGGCUCUCUCUUUGACCUCCAUUUCCUCCGCUGGUCUAUAUUCGUCGAUGGCGUCUUGACUUCAGCCACGACGCUGAGUACGAAAGGGUGGCAUCUGUAUGUAGCGGCCGGGGUGUUGCCGUUUGCUAGUGGGACGGGGAGUGCGUGUAAGGGGGUGACAUUGGAUUUUGUUGAGCCAGAGCUGAGGGCGGAUGCGUUGAGUGCUAUAGCGCUGGUGGAGAAGCUCGCGCAAGUAUCCACCAUCUCAAUAUUCGGGUCCGUCUUCGCACUCUUGAGUGAGAGAGGCAAUCCGACGCUCGUCUUCUUGCUCAACGGCUGUACGGCCAUAAUAGCAUUUAUGUUUCUGCUAUUUGUCCGAAUGCCAAGGCCCGGGGAACCUCGCUUGGCGCUUGCAUAG